GAUUUCAAGAUGAAGUUCAAUUUGUACUUAACUUUUAAGUAAUACACAUGUUGGACGUGCACGGGAGCGACUGCCAUUGACACUGCCACGCACGCACACAUGCCAACCCUCAUUGCCUUUCGCACAACAUUCGUAAACAAACACAAUGAAAGCUCCCGUUCAGCCCCAAAGCGCCAGUCGAUGCGGCGCUGUCUCUUCGAGCGCACGUAUUACAGAAAGUAUCUCUCAGAUACCCGAACGCCGACUUUAGUGCGCGCCGUAUGCCAUCUCGCUCUAACACACGCAGCCAGUCAAUACGAAUACCUGUAAACGAGCGCGCCAGUAUAUAUGGGUGUGUGCGAGUGUUUGUGUGAAAAGUCAGCUAGGAAAAUUGUGCAUGAAAAAUCGGAAAAUCUUUGUUAAAACAACAUCACAACACAGGCAAUGAAACAAAGAUAGCGUAUUCAAUUUGUGUCAAAUAACAAAACUCGAACAUUGCACAAACUGAUAUAUCAGAUGUAUACUAAUUUAUAUAUAUAUAUUUCGACAUCAAGUUGUAUAUUCAUUUAACAGACGAAAAAUCGAUCCAAGCGAUGCGAAACAACCAAAAUUUUAAGUCUUUACUGGCAAAAGGAGUGCAAAUAUCAUAAAAUAUAUAUAAAACCAAACGGCUAAUUUCAUUAGUAAAAGUUGUGCAGACAAACGGGAAGAAAGAGAAAUACAGUGAGCGACUAAAAAAGUAUAUUACGUUAAUAGUUUAAAAACGCGCAAUAGUUUAAAGCAACAGACGCUGCAAUACGAUAAAAACAAAAAACAACAACAACAGCAGAAGCAACAAGGCGCUUAGUCAUCCGUGUGAGUUACGCCAGCGCAGUUCCAGCUUUCUGGUAGUACGUAGUGCAAGGCACUGUUUGUACCUGUUCCAUUUGCCAGAUACAAAACGCUGCGCAGGAACUUGUGAAUGUUAAUAAUUGCAGCUCGCCUACGCAAGACGACUACGCCACGCUGCUGAUUUCAAUAAUAGUAGCAACAACAACAAUUAUCGUAGUAACCUGUUGUAUACAUUUGUUGUUCACCUUUCGUUGUCUAAAAACGGUCAAUUCUAAACACACAAACAGACACAAGCCGAGCGAGAGAGAGAGAAAGAGAGAGUCAAAAUUCAGCUUACAUACAAAACAUACAUACAAAAUCAAACCCCGGGGCACACCUGUUUGCAGUCACUGUACUCAAAUAGUAUUUACAUCGUUUGCUAUUUAGUGGCCAACAGAAUUGAAUUGUUAAAAUGUCGCGUCUAACGGAGGAAAUGGUGAUUGCGCGUGCCAAGCAAUCGGAUCUGGGCUUAAUCAAGAAACUAAAUUGCUGGGGCAGUGAUCUCAGCGAUGUUAAUAUAAUCAAACGCAUGCGUGGUGUUGAGGUUUUGGCACUUAGCGUCAAUAAGAUCAGCACCUUGGCACCCUUUGAAGACUGCACUAAACUACAGGAGCUGUAUUUACGUAAAAACAAUAUUCAAAAUAUCAAUGAAAUUGGUUACCUACAAAACUUACCGGCGCUCAAAUAUCUGUGGCUAGAGGAGAAUCCAUGCUGCGAGCGUGCGGGACCAAACUAUCGGGCGAUGGUGUUACGCGCAUUGCCCAACCUCAAGAAGCUCGACAAUGUGGAGGUCACUCAGGAGGAGUUGGACGAUGCCCUACGCAACAGCAGCUCUCAAAUGGCCGAGGAGGAUGUCUAUGAGGAUGCCUACGAGGCCAGGCAGCAGCAACAGCAACAGCAGCGCACAUCUCCCCAGCAAAUACAACAGCAGCAGGCGCAGCCGCCAAGCUAUCCACAGCACUCACCGCAACAGCCAUCCCCGCAGCAGCAGCAGCAACAGCUAACACAGAGGGGUAGUCCGAGUCCCAUGAAAGAGGAACCCGCGCACCCGCCAUCGCCUAAAUAUAAUACCAUUAAUAAAGAGCAACGCACUUCCUUUCAUCAAUAUGAUGAGAGUCCACAUGUUGGCUACAGAGAGACGCGUCCAACGCCCCUCCCGCCUAGCAUAUCCUCACACUCGAUGAAGGUAAACAUCGCAAUAAAAAAGACGAAUGGAUGGAGAAGGAUGGAAUACUAUCAGUCGGAUCGGGUAACUUAUCCGGCGCAUUAUCGUCACAGUCAAACCGAUCUAACCGAAUGGGAGGAGAAUCAGCACCAGGCACCACAGGUGCAUCACAAUCCAUACGGCAGCCAAAUGCAGCUGCAUUAUCCGCAGCGACGCAGCGCGGGCCCCGAGACCGGAGCCGAGCGUUACGCUUAUCGGAAUGGAAGUGCUCGGGAGAAUGGUGGAGAUUGGGAGGUCGAGGAACGCACCAGAUCUAGGCGCCCCGAGGGUCGCUACAGUGAUGCGGUUAGUACAGUUUCGGCCACCGUCAUGAAUCAUUUUGCAGGCUGUCAUCGACGGCCCGUCAAUCGAAACUCCAAUUUACUGUCUGCCACAUUGUGCCUGGUCAAAGAACUGGACUACGGCAGCCUAGAGGUAUUGGAACACGCUGUGCGCUGUCGUAUUGACGAACUGGCGGGCGAAUGAUGAAGACGUGUAUCUAAUCGCAUGUCGAUUAGCUAAUACACUUAAUGGUCUUCGUAGACCUCAGAGUAAAAAUACCAGUUGGAGGAUAGUUGGUAAACUUAACUCAAAGACCAUACAAAAAGACACUCAGCAAUAUAAUGACUCGAAAUUUUCUACUAACAACUUAACGAAUUACAACAACAAAUAUUUAAACUAAACUUGCCAAUUGUAACUGUAAUAAUGUUAACUUUUAUAUGCGUCGGAUAAGCAACAAUUUUUGCUAUAUGAAAUAUACGUAUACGUGAGAUAUACAAUGUACGUAACAUAUGCAUAUGAUAAUUAUAACACAUUGUAAAAACUAAUCAAGAAUUUAUACGCUAUCUUUAAAUAAUUUGAUCGUUAUUCUAGCGUAUUUAGUUUAAUCUUGUUUUCUACACUCGGCAUUGCAAAUGUGUUAAAAUAGCAAUGUAACAAAUGAAAAAAUCGGAAUAACAUUUAAUGCCACACUAGCCUUAUUUUGUACUUAACAAGAAAAAAGAAACUCACGUCUAAGGCGUAAAGCACAAUACUUGCAUCUUCCUUGUUUAAAUAAGUUAGUUAAUAUUUUUAAUACGAGCAUUAUGGGCAUAAUUUUAAAGCUUGCCAAGCCUUUUUGUUAAAUAAUUGUACACAACACAAUUAAACACUAAUACUUAUAUAAACAC